AUGGCCGGCAACAUGGGCAUGGAACAGUUGAUACCCAUCGUGAACAAGCUCCAAGAUGCGUUCACCCAGCUGGGCGUGCACAUGCAGCUGGACCUACCCCAGAUCGCGGUGGUCGGUGGCCAGAGCGCUGGUAAAAGUUCCGUGCUGGAGAACUUUGUGGGAAGGGAUUUUCUACCAAGAGGAUCUGGAAUUGUAACUCGUCGUCCUCUUAUUCUUCAGUUGAUUAAUAGUACAUUGGAAUAUGGAGAAUUUCUUCACUGCAAAGGAAAGAAGUUUUCAGAUUUUGAUGAAAUUAGGCGUGAAAUAGAAAAUGAAACUGACCGUAUGACUGGAUCUAAUAAAGGAAUUUCUAAUAUACCAAUAAAUUUGAGGGUUUAUUCCCCUAAUGUGUUGAACCUGACCCUUGUUGAUUUGCCUGGUAUGACCAAGGUACCUGUUGGGGACCAGCCUCCCGACAUAGAACAGCAAAUAAGAUCAAUGUUAUUCACUUUUGUUAAACGAGAUAAUUGCUUGAUAUUGGCUGUUACACCAGCUAACCAAGAUUUGGCCAACAGUGAUGCAUUAAAAAUUUCUAAAGAAGUUGACCCUGAAGGUAUGCGAACUAUUGGUGUCAUAACAAAAUUGGAUCUGAUGGAUGAAGGAACUGAUGCUAGAGACAUACUAGAAAACAAGCUUCUGCCUCUCAGGCGAGGUUACAUUGGUGUAGUAAAUAGAAGUCAGAAAGAUAUUGAUGGCCGUAAAGAUAUAAAAGCUGCUUUGAGUGCAGAAAGAAAAUUCUUUUUGGCGCAUCCAUCUUAUAGACAUAUGGCUGAUAGACUUGGUACUCCAUAUUUGCAAAGAGUUUUGAAUCAACAGCUCACAAAUCAUAUUAGAGAUACAUUGCCAGGUCUUAGGGAUAAAUUACAAAAACAAUUGCUUACAUUAGAAAAAGAUGUCGAGCAGUUUAAAUACUUUAGGCCAGACGAUCCAGCUAUUAAAACAAAAGCAAUGUUACAAAUGAUUCAACAACUUCAAUCCGAUUUUGAACGCACAAUUGAAGGUUCUGGUUCUGCUCAGAUAAAUACCAAUGAACUAUCCGGAGGUGCUAAAAUCAAUCGUUUAUUCCAUGAGCGUUUCCCAUUUGAAAUUGUGAAAAUGGAAAUUGAUGAAAAAGAACUAAGGAGGGAAAUAGCAUUUGCCAUCAGAAACAUUCAUGGUAUAAGAGUGGGUUUAUUCACGCCUGAUAUGGCAUUUGAAGCUAUUGUGAAAAAGCAAAUUGCUAGAUUGAAAGAACCAUCAUUGAAAUGUACCGAUCUCGUUGUUAAUGAAUUAUCUAACGUAGUUAGAAUUUGUACAGAUAAGAUGUCCAGGUACCCACGUUUACGAGAAGAAACCGAACGAAUCAUUACAUCGUAUAUUCGUAAUCGUGAUCAAAUGUGUAAAGAACAGUUAAUCCUAUUGGUUGAAUGUGAACUUGCCUACAUGAAUACAAAUCAUGAAGAUUUCAUUGGAUUCGCAAAGUAUGUAAUAACAGUUUCAUCUCAACAAUUAUAUAUUUUAUUAAUUUAUUACCUAUGUAAUAUAAUAUUGUCUUUUAGUGCACAACAGUCUUCUGAUAACUCUAACAAAACUCAUAAGCUUGGUAAUCAGGUGAUACGUAAAGGAUGGAUGUGUAUACAUAAUUUGGGCAUUAUGAAAGGAGGUUCUAGGGAUUAUUGGUUUGUAUUAAUGUCUGAAAACAUCUCAUGGUUCAAAGAUGAAGAGGAAAGAGAAAAAAAGUACAUGUUACCAUUAGAUGGAUUGAAAAUCAAAGAUGUUGAACAAGGUUUUAUGUCACGUCGUCAUACAUUUGCACUAUUUAAUCCAGAAGGCCGUAAUGUUUACAAGGACUACAAACAGCUUGAAUUAAGUUGCGAAACACAAGAUGAUGUAGAUUCUUGGAAGGCAUCAUUUUUACGUGCAGGUGUUUAUCCAGAAAAGUCAUCAGAUGUAUCCAAUAGUGAUGAGGAUGGUCGUGAGAGCAGUACAGAAUCUACUACAUCUAUGGAUCCAGUUUUGGAAAGACAAGUGGAGACUAUAAGAAAUCUAGUUGAUUCAUAUAUGAAAAUUGUAACAAAAUCUUGUAGAGAUCUAGUCCCUAAAAUCAUUAUGCAUUUGAUCAUAAACAACUCAAAAGAUUUUAUAAAUGGAGAAUUAUUAGCUCAUUUAUAUGCAUCUGGUGAUCAGUCUCAAAUGAUGGAAGAAAGUGCAGAAGAGGCCGUAAAACGCGAGGAAAUGAUGCGCAUGUACCAAGCAUGUAAAGAAGCAUUGAGAAUUAUUGGUGAUGUAUCAAUGGCUACUGUUACCACACCCGUUCCUCCACCAGUCAAGAAUGAUUGGCUUGCAUCUAGUCUUGAUAACCCAAGGUUGUCUCCACCAAGCCCUGGUGGUGCUGGACGUAGAGGAGUACCUUCUAACCCAACACCUGCAAAUGCUGCAUCAAGAGCACCUCCACCACCUCCAGCUUCAGGAAGACCAGCUCCAGCAAUACCCAACAGACCUGGGCCUGAACAGGGACGACAACCUCCUGCUCCACCUGGUAGGCCUGGUGGCCAGGGACUUCCUCCUCCUUUAAUUCCUUCACGCCGUUAAUAUGUAUUGUCGAGCAUGUCUUCGGUGGCCGAUUAAAUCUGCAACUUCAUUAAUAAUAAUCACUAUAUUCAUAACCAACUAACCUAUACACAUUAAAUUGAAGCCAGAGUAAGCUAAAUUUGGUCCAUUGUUUUAUUUAUUUCGAUUUGAGUGAUUAAUAAUAGUAUUUUUAUUAUUUAUUUGUUAUAUAAAAAAAAAUAUUUACUUAUAUAUAUUUGUUUUGUAUUCGUUAUGUUGGUUAAUCUCAUUGUCUAGGUUAGCACAUGAGUAUAAUUAGGUAAUUAGAUGUUAUUUACCUAGGUAUGUUACCUAAUAUUUGUUAAAUAAUUCACAGUUUGUAAGUCUUUAAGUAUUAAUUUUUAUAAUCUAUAAUUAUUUCCUAUAUUAGGAAUACUCACACAGUCACCCUUUAACAAUUAUCAUUGGUAGUGAUUGUGAAUUACGUAUAUAAAAUAUUAUUCGACUAUUUUAAGGUAUAUUGUCUACUAUUUUAUUUUUUUAGCUCAUAAUUAACAAAAUGUUAGACCAUGUACAUUGUUAUUAAUUUAUUAUAAUUAAAACGAUCUAAGAAGUGAUAUUAAUAUCUGGUUAGAAAUUAUUUAGUGUUUAAGCUCAUCAUUAUAUGUUUUCUAGUUGCAUAGUCAAGAAAAAGUUGUAGAAUUGUCAGCUAGGUUUUGUUUUGCACUUUAAAAAGUAUAACUGAACCAUUUUUAUUAUGUUGAAAAUGCUAUUGAUUUACAUCAUUUUAGAUAUUCUCAAAUAUGAAAGUCAAAGAUGUGUCCCAACA